GCAUUCCUGAACAGUUUUGUAGUGUGGAAUUGCACAUUUUCCUGCUGAAAGAGAACAAUGCCCAGAGCAUCACACUGUGUCUGAUGGCUUGCCUCUUCCUAUGGCGCAUCUUUAUGCCAUCUCCUCCUAAGAUUUCUUACGAAACUUACCAGAUAAAUCUGUAAUGGGGGGAGUAAAACAAGAGCAGAGCGAUGGUCCUGGAUCAAAAGGUUUUCAUCAUUCAGACUUAACACAGGAAGAAAACAAUAAUUCACUUAAUGCACAGCCUGUAAAGAAGCGUGGCUGGCCCAAAGGUAAAAAGAGGAAGAAGGUUCUACCCAAUGGCCCUAAGGCUCCAGUGACUGGGUAUGUACGCUUUCUGAAUGAAAGACGGGAACACAUACGUGCCUUGCACCCUGACCUCCCUUUCCCUGAAAUUACCAAGAGGCUCGGGGCAGAGUGGAGCCGCCUAGCUCCUCAUGACAAACAGCGUUACCUGGAUGAAGCGGAGCGGGAAAAAGUGCAGUAUGCACGGGAGUUGAAGGAGUACCAGAAGAGUGAAGCCUUCCAGAUCACCAGUGCCAAGAUCCAAGACAAAAGAAUUAAAAAAGAGGAGUUAACAUCUGUUAUUAUAAACGCCAAUAGUUCAGGAACAGCAACUAUUAAGAGUUCAGAGUUUUCCAACAGAUUUGAUGUGCCUAUUUUUACAGAGGAAUUCCUAGAUCAAAACAAAGCACGAGAGGCAGAGCUUCGGCGGCUGCGGAAGGCCAACGUAGAGUUUGAGGAGCAGAACACCAUGCUGCAGAAGCACAUAGCUGACAUGUUCAGUGCUAAGGAACGUUUGGAGGCCGAAUUGGGUCAGGAUGAGCUGCGCACACAGGCUCUGCACCGCCGCUUGCAGGCUAUAAAGCAGACUUUAGUUACCAGUUUGGGUUCCGUGCCCCUGCCAGGCACAGGUGAGACGCCCUCUUUUGGAACUCUCGACACUUAUCUAAGCCGUUUAAGCAGUGCAUUGGAGAGCAGUCCUCAUGAGCACCGUGGCCUGCUGCUCAAACUCCAAGAUCUGCUGGCUCACUUAGACAGUGAGAAACUUUGAGAAACGUUUGCAGCUGUGCUGUAUAUGAAAUUGAGGUGUUCACAUAAUCAUCUACCAUCAUCAUGAAGACCGGAUUACCCAAAAAUCUGAAGGCAAAUCUCUGUUUUUUUCAUGGUGUGCCAUAGUAUAUGACUGUCUAAUUAGACAUUGUUGGCCAUUAAGGUGCUAUUGGCAUGGUAGAUCUUUAAUUGUUAAAUGUCAUUAAAUGUUUUUUAUUUCUCAGUUUGAUAUAUAUUUUUUUGUUUUGUCUGUUGCUUCAUACCUAAAGCAGUCUUUUAUUCUUAUUUUUAUGACUCAUUGCUGUGGAUUUAAACAAUGCCUAUUUAAUAACAGUUGUUCAUUUGUCAUUCCAGAAAUGUAAAUCAUUUUCCACUGACUGAUUGCUUGUAUGUAAAGAAAUUGCAGUAUUUAGGGCAAAUUAUUGUUAUGAAACUUUUCCUGAAUGUGAUUUUACAUUAUAAUAAUUGUGUAUUUGAAAAGAAACAUCUUGAGAUAGGUACUGGGAAGCUGAAUCAGGGAAUGUUUUAAAUUAAACUGUUCUUAUUUUUACUCUGUUAAAUGUUUACUCUGUAAACAGGUUUUCUGUAAAGUGUCAGUGUAUAUUUGCAAAAAUCUUCAUAAAUGUAUGCUGCAUCAUAUGUUGCAGUGUCUUAAAAUGCAAUAAAAUAGAUAUACAAUA